UGGUCUCGUCUUCACCCGGAUCUUUGGCGAUCUGUCUAUUAAUCUGUGCUAUUAAUCUGUGCUUUUGCCAAUCACGAAAAACGGGGCCGUGGCAGCUCUCAGGCUUCUCUCUAGUUUGUCCGAGCAAUCUAAAAGCUCAAUUUCCCCAUGCUGCGCGCUCCUAGGGAACAAACGGGAAAGAAGUUGGUUCAACUGGUUGUUUCCAUUGGCUGUGAAUUGUUGUGAGUUGCGCGACGAGAGCGAGGCGAUCGCGCGCGGCAGUAAGCAGCGAAAUAACCAGAGAUGGCGAAUGAGCAUCAGAGAUUAUUGCAACAUUUAGAAAAGGUCGAAAACAAAGCUGGUGAAAUUCUCACUGAUCGUGGGGAAAUAGUUGCUCUAGAUAAGAGAAGAAACGACGAUCGUGUUGGAAUGAGAGCAUUGCAAAAACAGGUGCAUCCAAAAACAUGGAUCACAGUCGGACCCUUACUUUUAAAAAUGCCAUCUAAAGCAGCUGAAGAAUUAUUGGAAAAAGAUCAGAGAGAAUGUGAUACUGCCAUUAACAAGCUAAGAAGCGACUUGAAGAUAAAAGUAAAUCAACUACGUGAUAUAGAAUUGACACCACCGGUACCUGGGUUGAUGUUAGAACCUAUGUCUCGCAAAGAGAUGGAGGCAGUCGGACAAAUUUUUGGUCGAAGUGUCUAAUAUUUAAUAAAGUUUCUUUGUUCAGAAGUGUAAUUAGAAUAAGAGUAAAUAUAUGAAUUUAAAAUAUUUUUAAGUUUAAUUCUGUACUCAAACUUUUGUAUACAUAUAAUAUA